AUGGAUCCUUUCCGCAUGCAGCAAAAGGACCCUUCUAUAAAGAAGAACUUCAAAAAUUUCAGAAAUGUGAAAUUGAUUUCCAUGGAAACCUCGUCAUCCUCUGAUGACAGUUGUGACAGUUUUGCUUCUGAUAAUUUUGCAAACACAAAGCCCAAAUUCAGGUCAGAUAUCAGUGAAGAACUGGCAAAUAUUUUUUAUGAGGACUCUGAUAAUGAAUCUUUCUGCGGCUUUCCAGAAAGUGAGGCACAGGACCUAAGAGGGGAUUGUGAAAUUUUACACAAACCCAAACUCAGGCCAGAUAUCACUAAAGAACUGGCCACUGUUUUUUAUGCUGACUCUGAUGAUGAAUCAUUCUGCGGCUUCUCAGAAAGCGAGAUACAAGAUGGAAUGAAAUUGGAUUCUGAUGAUGAAGGCAGGAGGACUCGGAGUCAAAUGAAACGUUUGGGUCCUUUGCAAGUAGCUCUAAAGUUUCCAACCAGAGACCUCAAAGGGGCAAGGAAGCAGAAAGCAGCCCCGCCCAAAGCCCCAGAGGUUCCCGCUUCCAAUUCUGAUUCUGACUCCGAAGAUGAGAAAGGCUCCAGUUUUUUGGAAAAGAGGGCAUUAAAUAUAAAGGAAAACAAGGCAAUGCUUGCAAAACUAAUGUCAGAAUUACAAAGUUUCCCGGGAUUAUUUACUGAAAGGAGAUCACUUCCAGGUAGUAGCCCACAGGCGAAGCCAAAUCGAAGGCGCUCUUUCCCAAGAGACCCCUCAAGGAGAAACCCUGAACGAAGAGCUCGUCCACAUACCAGGUCAAGAUCUCUUGUCGAAGGACCCCCAGAUCUGCACUUAGAAGAUGAAAUAGAUUUUGAGGACAAGUACAUGUUGGUGAGAAAACGGAAGAGCAUCGAUGGAUAUAUGGAUGAUGAUGCCACACCCAGAAGUCGUCGCCCAGGUACCAUGACCCUUCCUCAUAUCGUUCGUCCAGUGGAAGAGAUUACAGAGGAAGACCUGGAAAAUAUCUGCAUCUCCUCCCGGGACAAGAUCUACAACCGUUCAUUAGGUUCCACCUGUCACCAGUGUCGCCAGAAGACUAUUGACACCAAGACAAAUUGCAGAAACCCAGAAUGUUUUGGAGUUCGAGGACAGUUCUGUGGCCCCUGUCUUCGAAAUCGAUACGGCGAAGAGGUCAAAAUAGCAUUGCUGGACCCAAAUUGGCAUUGCCCACCUUGUCGUGGAAUCUGCAACUGCAGCUUUUGUAGGCAGCGAGAUGGACGAUGUGCAACUGGUGUGUUGGUGUAUUUGGCCAAGUACCAUGGUUUUGGAAAUGUGCAUGCUUAUUUGAAAAGUCUGAAGCGGGAAUUUGAAAUGGAGGCUGAAAAUUGAUGAAGGAUUCACUGGCACCGUUUCAUUUCUCCAAUCUCCUUGUUAAACUUCAAUUAAUCUUGGGCAGUUGAUGGUUAAACAACUUCACUUUUCAAUCUUGAUAAUCAGUAUUUUUUAAUAGCGGGUCAAAUUAAGAUAAGAUUAAAAUCCGUUUUGGAAGCACAAGUAAUAUAACUUUAAGGUUGCAUUGUAGUUUUUAUGGUCUCCUCCUCACCCACUGUCACCCUUUAGUAUUAGUGGGGAGGAAGGGGGAACGGUUCAUGAUUGAGUAUAAAGCCCUGGAACCUAGCAAUAUAGGAAAACACUUGGAAAUGCCUUUAAGUAUUCUUAGGUAACUAACCCUCCUAAUAUAAUACUUCACAUCCGUUGAAGAUUCUGGGAAGAUGUAGAUAAACUCAGUACUUAGAAACAGUAUAGAAAAUGACAUGAUAGGUACAGAGGACAGAGUGUAGUAUUAUAAAAUUUGCUGAGCACACA